UUCUAUGGCAUUUAUUCAGCUCAACGCAGUCUGCGUAUAUGCAUUAUUUGAAAUUCCGCAUUGUCUACUAUCAUUAUCAAAAACAUUAUUUCAUGUAAUCUGACGUUAUUCGUAAACAUUCGUUCCUUCGGUAGUCUGCUACUGGUCUGCUAUUCCAAUGAGAGUCAUCAACAGUGACAACCCACAAGUGAACGAGAAUGUCUUGUCAGAUAAAAGGGUUUGCUAUUUUAGUUGAUCUGAUUCACGUCAAGAAUUGUCUGCUCGAAGAUGCAGCUUCCAGAUUCGCCUAUGCCCCUAGUAAAGAAUUGCCUCUCCAAGAUCUCAUCGUCUCCUUAUCCCCAGCUGGAGAUGUUCUGGCUAUCGGAUGGAAUAAAAAUAUGGUUGUGUUGACGUCAAAAUGGGACUCUCAGGAGCCUGGAGACGUUAAAACAAAAUUCCAUGUAAUUUGGAAUGGAGAAGUAACUAACGAGGAAAAUGAACAGAUAACGUCUAUAGCUUGUCUGCCUCUUAUAUCUCUGGGCAAGACAAGUGCAGGUAAUGGUCCUGACUGGACAUGCAUGGCUGUUGGAUUCUCUACUGGCUUCAUCAGAUUUUAUACAGAGACAGGAGCACUAUUAGUUGAAGAGCAGCUCCAUAAUGAAGCAGUCCUAGGAAUCAAGUGCCAAUCACAUUCUCCACCACGACAUGUUGGAGAUACAGGAGUUUCCGAGGAAAUUCAUGUGCUUUUUAACUCUGCAGUUUGUAUAUUACAAGGGUUCCCAUUGUUUUCAACACUGAGAGCAUGUAGAAAUCAUCUAGCCAGAGUACAGGCGAAUUGUAGUGCUAAUCCUCCGGUAUCAAAUCUUUCAUACAAAAAAUGGGGAUUCAAGAAUCAGGGAAUUACAAAUGAUUGUGAGGUCAUCGGCACAACAUCUGUAGAUACUUUUGAUCAUCUUAUGUCAGCAUCUAUUUGCGGAGGGUAUAAUGCUGCUUACCGAUCUAGUGCUCCACAACAUAGUUUGGUCAUGGCAACUGGUAAACGACCAUUUAUUGGCUUUCAUUAUGCACUGGAAGGUGGGGCAGCCCCUGUCUUAUCCGAUGUUGCAAUGGCCAUGGCUAGCAAAUUGGCCAGUGCUAUUGGUACUGCUGUUCCAUGGUUUCGUGGAAGCAAGAAGGUUCCAAUAUCACCAGAAAAAAGUAAAGCAUCUGUAAGUGAGCCAGCAGAGCCAAUGAUUUGCAGAUUUGGCUUAAGUGACAUUAUGAGAGAAGGAGAUUGCAUUAUUGUUAGUCCUAACAGGGCUCUAUCCAUCGUUUCAGAUGCUAUGGGUAGAGUUACCCUGGUUGAUAAUAGACGCGGUGUAGCUGUAAGAAUGUGGAAAGGCUAUAGAGAUGCUCAAUGUGGAUGGAUUGAGGUGACUGAAGAAAAACAUCGUGGCUUGAGUAAAAGUCAUGGCAAUAAAAGUUCUGGUGGAACUACCCAUGGCCUGCGAAUUGCAUUAUUCUUAGCUAUUUACGCACCAAAAAAAGGAAUAAUAGAUAUUUGGGGUAUACGUCAAGGGCCUAAGAUUGCAACAUUUUCCGCCAGUAAGAAUGGACGAUUACUGUACACAAAUUACGGUCUUUUGGGUUUAAAUGACAUGACAGUUUCCUCCCCAAACCGCGCACAUUACCCUUGUAUAUUUUUUGAUCCACUUGGGGGACUCAAAGAAAUCUCUGUUCCGUUUCACUUUUCUCUAAGCAGCAAAAAUGGAAAAAGAGCUCGAGAUCUACAUUUACUGAAAAAACUAAAGUCAUUUUUGAGGGAAGAAGAAUUCGACAAUGAAAAAUUGAUCAAUGAAGUCACGUCUGUAUGUUUGGAUUUUAAAACGAAUGAAAUCCGAUUGCAAGUUGUUGAGAUGCUAAUGGUCAAUAAGCAUAUCACUCCUGAAGCCUUACUAGCUGCCUUAGAUGUUUUUAUUGAAAAGUUAUCACUAUAUAAGGAUGAUGGAUUGGAACCAGUUGCCAAGACUCUCUACCAAACCUCAAUGCAGCUUGAACGAAUAAUUGCAUUUUAUAAGUCUGUGCAUUUGCAAUUUGAUCGACCUCCAGAAUAUAAUACUGUCGCCUCAAACAGUUUACCCAGCAGUAAACAAUUAUGCGGAAUUUUGUUAGCUCCUGAAAGAGAGAUACAUCGUAUUUUGAAGCUAUCAAAGACCUUAAUUGAAUUCGAAAGUUUAAAAAGUAGAUCUCAUGCUAGGGUCAUAUUUAAAGAAGAUGGUCGAACCUUUUUGGAUUUUUUAUCUUGUUUUGAGUUUGGUGGGUCUGGAGAUUUAAUUGACGUCAAAAAAGAUGUAGCAGACGAAAAGAAGUACAACAUCUGUCAACUGAUUUAUCAAGGUUGGCUUUAUUCAGAUGAUUCAAUUGCUAACUGGCAAAACGCUGCUCAGCAAAGUCGUAUAAAACCUGCAAUUUUAAUGCAGUUUGCACUGAUUUAUUGGCUUCAAAAAAAACCGGGGGCGCCAUUGGAGAUUGAGUUGAAACGAUUCAAACAACUACUGCAAGCAAUUUGUUUGUUGACCGAUGUAGAUGAAAUUUGUGCUGAAUAUAAUGAAAUCUCUCCAUGGUGGCGAGAGAUGCGGAGCAUACUUUUGGAAUCAAGAAACCCAUUUAAUGCGUUAACCGCUGCAAUGGUAUGCAGAUCAGUGGCAAUUAUGAUUGAGAAAAGCAGGGAUAAGGCAUAUAAUAAUAGAGUAAGAGAUGACAAUGGUAACGAAGGUGAAGAUGCAGAGAAUGGUAAUCGUCUUGAUCAAAUGGAGGACAACUUGGACAAGGAUCCUAACAAGACCCCAGAAGAAGAGACGUAUAGUUCCACAAGUGAAUGGGAAAAUGUUAGCAAGGAUACUUGCCAAUUCACCUCACUUAUCGGAAACCUGGAAGACAUUACCAUAUUAAAUGCAGUAGUGAGUCAAAAGCCACCAUCAGACUACACUACAGAAUUUUACAGCAUACCAUUUGAGAGCGUUGAUAUUUCUUUGGGCUUCGUUCUUUCUAAAGGCAAAGGAUCCGUAUCAGAAAUCGUUGCAAAGUGGCUAAGUACAACAGGUCUUGACCCAGCACGUUUAAUUGAUACAACUGAUGUUGAAUUUGACCAAAUGCAAUUGUCAAUGGAUUCCCUAAAGAUGGUAGGAUCACUAGACGAAGCUGCCGCAACGGAAUUGUCGCAACAAGAGCAGCUAAAACUGCUCUCCGUUUCAGUAGAAGUUGGUAGUGAAGCAGAAGCGGAUUCUACUGCCCAAGCUAUAAUUAUCGAAAAAAUUACUCUACUAAAGAGGUCAUUUCCGUACAGUCUGACCUCUAGUGUUUUACUUGCUAAUCUAUGCUGGGAAUUUUCUAUGACAUGGAAUAAAGACGUUACACAACUGAAAGCUCUGGAAGCAGCGUUAGCUGUUCUUAGACAAAUUCCCAUGAAACACAUGCGACAAGGGGUGUGUUGUCUCCUAUGGACCCUUCAUUUAAAAAAAAGAAUGGAAGCAGCAGCCAAAUUGAUGAACAAACUAGGCAAGUUGCCUAAAGAGCGGUUGUGUGUACAAGAUGUUGGGCUAUCCGACAUACAACUAACAACAUUUUUACAACACUGCGUCACGUUCUUGGAUAUUUUUCUAGAUAAAAUAAAAUUAUUCAUUUUCCAGGUGGAAGUAUUGGAAGGAGAGAAAAGUUCUAUUGUAAAGUCGGAAGAAAUUUGGGAAGGACAUCCUGUUGGCCCUCAACCGUUUGCAGCAUUGGCGGUUUCGCAAACUCCUGCUUGGUACGAUCUUGUGAUGUUACAUUUGCAGUUAGCUAAUGUUUUGCAUAUGAUGGCUCACUUCAAUUUCAAAUUAGUGAAGCCAUUGAAUACUCUAUUUGACUCUGUGGCACAUCCAUAUUUUUUCCAAGACAUCACAGAUAAAGCAAUGCUUACUUGGUAUCGUGAUGACAAACGCGACAGUGCAAGAAUGGAUUUCCUCUGUCGAGUAAUUACUUCCACUAUGGAUUCAAUACAUCAAGAGACGACAGAAGGAAGUAAUUUCAGUUCAACUCAAGCUAUUACCUGGAUGAGCAAGUGUCAAAGUUUAGCUUCCAUUUGGAAAAUUAAUAAUGACGAACUAAGAAUUCAUCAAGUUUGUCAGUUGUACAUGAAUGGCUUUGAUCGAUUGGCAGAAGAGGUUUUGAUGGCGGUGAAUGAUACAGAAGCAUUGGCGGCUAACUUGUUACCCAUAGCUGGCAGAAGAAUGAUGGCAUACCUCUCAAAGACCCCGGAUCUCCUUGAAGAAGUAUCCAGAAUAAGUCCGACACUAACUACAUAUCUCGAAGGAUUGUGUUUAUCAGGCACAGUCUACACCAGCAGUUCAAACAACGAUACUGUCGAAUUAAUCCAAAGGGUUGCAAGAACUCUACCCGAGGAUCAUCAAGACCAUCAUUUUGCACAGCUCAUGCUAGAUGCUACUUUUAUUUAUGAAGGUAAAACAUGAUAGGUGAACCUUACCGGUCGUCAGAAAAUUUUAAUGCGCGCACGUUGGAUAGUGGACGGAACAUAAUUUUCACUGAUAAUGAUGUGUAUCGUCAAAGAAAUGAAUUAAACUGGCCAAAAAUCUACUCAUCGAACUGGAGAUAUAUUUCAGAAUUACGCGGGGAGACGUUAUAGAUAUUAUCAAACUAACACCGUCCCUGAAAAUUGAGACUUAUUCGGAGGCUAUAAUCGGUGAUUUAUUUGUCUUACUUUACUUUGGUCCCAAUUAGCCAAGAAUUAGGAACAUAAGUGAAAAGAUAUCAAAAUAAAAAUUAACUUUCCUCUUACGAAAAUUUUAAACGUACCACGGUAAUGAAAAUCAUUCAACAUACACAAUUGAAAAUACUCGGUUAAUUCGAGUCAUUGGAGUACAUAAUACUCCAAAGCAAUGGAGAAUAUUUUCUGUCGAGUAUACCAUAUUGCUGAAUCAGCUCGUUCUUUCGAAUCGAAAAUAUAGUAUAGUUAUUACCUACCUGCAAUUCUAUCAUGCAUUCAUUCGGAUGGUUGUUCGCAUGCAUUUGAUUGUCUAUACAUAGUUCAAUUCCUUGUUUUUAUAAUCGUCUUCAUCAGCAAUAAAUUAUCUAUAUUUAUCAUG